AUGUCGCCAGGGAAUGAAGAACGCCUCUGUUGUCCUUUAUGCGGCAAGGUCAUGCUAAGGAGAAAUGUGUACGACCAUUUGAGAAAGAUUCAUGACUGUUCUGAACAAGAAGUGGAAUCAAUGAAGACGAAUAUAAAAAUCGAGGCUAACGCAAGGAAGGAUGAAUUCCACAUAAUCUGUCCUUUCCUUGACCAGGAGGAAUUAGCUUUUCACUGCAACAAGGAACACACUCACGAUGGUGCAAACGGCGAAGAACAGGACUAUACUGUGCACAACCUAGAUUUUGCAUCCAAAAAAGAGUUUGAGAUGUGGCUCAAUGAAAUUUGUGAAAAAACGGUAACAUCUCUUUACAAGAACACGAAGUCCGGCAAUCUUCUCUAUUAUAGGUAG